CGGGGAGCGAAGUUCAAACUUCAAAGCAACUAGCAAGUACACUCAAAUACAGUUCACCUUAUUGGGAUUUAAAAGCAUUGAGGUUAACGUUUGUAUAAUAGUCGUUGCCGGUUGCAGUGUACGCCCAGUGGCAGUACUUAGUUUUUGGUUUUCGCAACACGUCGAAAUAAUGAAUUUGAAAUUUUGUGCAAACCUAUCGUUCAUGUACCAAGAAGCCAGCAGUCUUCUGGAAAGGUAUGGCUUGGCGGCCAAUUCAGGAUUUGGCACCGUAGAAUGCGCUUUUCCUUAUUCCGAACCAUUAGAGAAAGUCGUACGAGCCAAAAACGACGCUAACGUCACGCAAAUACUGAUCAACACGCCUAGAGGCGACGACCAACAGUUAGGUUGUGCUGCGUUUCCCGAUGCAGAAGAUCGCUUUCGUUCGUCAAUCGAUCAAGCAUUGGCAUACGCAAAAGCGAUAAACUGCAAUAAAAUUCACGUAAUGGCCGGCAUCGUCCCUAAUCCAAACGAGAGUCAUCAUAAAGCGUACGAAGACAAUUUGACGUACGCCACUGGUGUUUUCGAGAAGAACGGCAUUAUCGGAUUGAUUGAACCAAUAAAUAAGUAUUCGGCUCCAGGGUACUAUUUAAAUUCAUACGAACGAGCUGUCCAGGUGAUCACUAAAAUCGGAAGUCCCAAUUUAAAGCUUCAACUAGACAUAUUUCAUUUGCAACAAAUCAAAGGAGACUUGACGAAUAAUAUAAAAACUCUAUUACCUUACGCAGGACACAUACAAAUAGCCCAAGUGCCUAAACGUAACGAACCAAACACUCCGGGAGAAAUAGAUUACAAGUAUAUUUUUCAGUUGUUAGAAGAUCUCGGUUAUAAUGGAUGGAUUGGCCUAGAAUAUAGUCCCAAGGAUAACACUGACAGUGGUUUGUCCUGGCUAAGAGAGUUAAAAGGAAACAAACAAUUUUAAUGCAUUGUACUUUAUUCAAUUUAUUCAGUCAGAUUUUGUGCAAAUAAUACUAGUAAUAAUAAUAAAAAAACUUAUUCUACAAUCCAAAGCAUAUUAACUCCGGAUUUUCCGAGGUUUACGCUCUCCAACAUUCCGUUUUCAGUUGUUUUGAUAUAAUUUAGAAACAAAAGAAUGGUGUAGAAAAAAUUAUUACGACCCUGAAAUUAAAAGAAAUAUUGUUUACAUAAGAUAAUAUAUAAUAGACGUACGAUUUAAAACAUAGUUUCAUACAUCUUAUAAAAGUUUAGAAUAAUACAUAAUAUAUAAUAUUACUUUUGGAAAAUUGUGUGUAUCUUUUCCUAUUUUUAAAUUGUAAUGAGGAGGAUUAUUUGAUUGUUGAUAAAUGACGACUUGUUUAUCGUUGGAUUUAAUUUUUUCUGGAUAUUUGAUGAGGUGCUGAACUGAAAAAGGAUUCUUCCCUUUGAGACGUGUCAAUGGGGACAACUGAGAGUCUAAGUAUGUAGCCAACAAAUGCAUCACCAACUAAACAUUUAAAACAAAAUUAAUUAUUGAUUAGUCUUUAAAAUUUUUUUUUGUAAAUAGAUAACUUUUAUUUAAAAAAAAUGAAGGGCUGCGGGGAAAAAAGAUCAAUGUCAAUUUUUUUUGAAAAUGAGAUUUUGGUAUAAAAUUAUUUGUAUUGACGUAUUGUAUCUUUUAUGCGCUUGAACCAGGACAAAAAACAGAUUAGUCGAGAGUAACGACCGCCGGAAGUUUAGGCAUACAGGCGAAAUGUAUUACAUUUUGAAAUUAAAAACAUGAUUUUCUCAGAAUGUUAAAAAAUUGACAUUGAUCUUUUUUCCCUGCCGCCCUUCAAAUGUAUGCAACGAUUACUAUUUUAAUUUCCUACAAAAAGAAGAUACAAAUUACAAAUAAAAAAACACCUCAAAUGUUAACUUACAACGGAGUCUGAUGGUAAUUCAGAAGUCCAUUCUUUUCCUUUAAAUGUUCCACCAGAGUUCCACCGAUAUUCAGUCAGGCAUGGUCCUUUUGCCAAUUCUAAACCAGUACUUCAUAAAUUAAUAAAAAAUUUAGAAAAAAAAAAAA